UAUAAAUAAGUAUUUAUGCAGAGAACAUCCCCUUUCUCAAUAGUAUUGCAUCGGUUAGGACAUAUUGGCAGUUUAACUUUAAAUAUUUAAAUUGUGUAACAAUGUUUUUGAAUAUCGUAAAACUUUUUGUCUUAUCAUGGAUUGUUCAUGGUGAUGCGCAGGAAUCGAGAAUUGUUGGCGGUACGGAUGCCUCCGAAUCCUUGGCUCCAUACCAAGUGUCGUUAAGGAGAACCGACAGAUCUGAUGAUCACUUCUGUGCUGGCUCUAUUAUAAGCGAAAGUUGGAUUCUCACCGCUGCACACUGCACCAAUGGCCUAGAAACAGACCAGAUAGCCGCAGUGGUAGGAACAAACAAACUUUCAUCUGGAGGAGAUCGUUAUGAGAUAAAGCAAAUUAUAAUUCACGAGAAUUUUGACAUUCAGCGUCUCCAGAAUGAUAUAUCACUCUGUCAAAUAAAAGGCGAAUUUAACUUCAAUGACAUGGUAAAACCGAUAACUUUAGCUUCUAGACCUAAAAUAAGACCUGGAUCUAGGUGUGUAUUGACAGGGUGGGGAUUCACAGAUAACCAAAGAACAGUACCGGACAAUCUUCAAGUGUUAACUGUUACGGUAAUGAGUAAUAAGCGAUGCUCACAGAAACUGGCACAGACAAAUGGUCUUACACCCAUUGAAAAAACCCAAAUGUGCACAUUGACUAGAGAAUCGGAAGGAGCAUGUAAUGGUGAUUCUGGCGGACCUCUAGUGAGGAAUGGAAAACAAGUGGGCAUAGUAUCCUGGGGGAUACCGUGUGCUCGAGGCUUCCCAGACGUAUUUGCAUAUGUACCAGCAUACUACGACUGGAUUAAUGAGCAUAUACAAUAAAUGAAAUCAUAUUUUGAUACUGCAUUUUUUAGCACAAUAGCAUUUUCAUAAUUAAUGAGGUGGGUUUUGUGCAGUCAUAUUAUUGGCACAGCUAUUGCACUAUUUAUUAAUUGUUUAUUAAACAUACAUAUACUUAACCAAAAUGUAAUUAAAUAAUAUAAUAUUAAAA